AUGGCGAGCCACUCUUCCCAUUCAGAUCCGGCAUUUCUCGCCAGACUUGCUCGUCGUCAGCAAAUGGACUGCUAUGCUUUGACUUUCUUUGCCGGGGCCAUGGCCAGCUUUUAUCUUGCCAUCUACAUAUCCCUUCUUCUUAGGAGACUUUGUGUUGAAGUGGGCGCCUCGCGCAAACCAGGCAUCGUCACGGCGAUCUUUAGGUACAUGAGAGCUGCUGCUCUCGGAAACAUCCCAGGAUUGCCAUCGGGAGGAUAUACUUUCGUUAUUCUCGGGUACCUCGUCAUCAACGCCGUCGUCACUUUUACGUACUUGGACAAUGAGAACAUGCCAUUCCUUUCCAAUAUAGCUUCUCGGACUGGAUGGAUGGCUAUCGCCAAUUUGCUUAUUGUCAUUCUCUUUUCUCUCAAGAACACGCCGGUCGCUAUUCUAUUAGCCUCGUCUUAUGAGCGCCUGAAUGUCCUCCAUCGCAUUGCCGGUUAUACCACCCUCGUAUUUGCGACAGUACACGCGAGUACUUACACUGCCGUCUUCGGGGCCCAAAAUUUUCUCCAACACUUGCUUGUAAAGGAAGAAAUCUUUGGCAUGGUUGCGCUCGGCUCUUUCAUCACACUUUCGUUCGCGGGCGCUGUACUUCGGGUCUGGUGGUACGAGCUGUUCUACUAUAUCCACAUCAGCUUCUGGAUCCUCGCCAUUAUAAUGACUGGCCUCCACCAGCCAGAGCCGGGUAAGAAGGUCCUAUAUAUCGUGUGCGUUUCUGCUGGGAUCUGGGCUGUUUGCCGCAUUGUUCGCUUUGGCCGCCUGGCCAGCAACAGCAUUAACAACACUGUCACACUCACGCCUCUUCCCAACGGCGGGACUCGUGUAACUCUUGCAAAAGCUCCUUUGGGCUCUACAUCCGGAAAACACGGCUUCCUUUGGGUUCCUGCUGUGCGCGCCCUUGAGACUCAUCCGUUCACUAUGGUUGCAGUCGACCCCCUGGAAUUUGUCGUCUCAGCAUAUGAUGGCUUCACCCAAAAGUUGCACGACUGUGCGCUUCAAAAUCCCGGCAUCAAGCUAAAGGCAUCAGUUGAAGGUCCUUACGGCACUUUGCCUGAUAUCAGGGGGUACGACAAGGUUAUAUUCGUAGCUGGAGGCAGCGGUGCCAGUUUCACAGUUGGUGCGGCUCUUAAUAUGCUCAAGAAGCUGAACAGAAACGAAGAGAUCGUCAUUGAGUUCAUCUGGAUGAUUAGAAACCAAGCAUACCUCUCUUGGUUUGCCCAUCAUCUCGAGACCCUACACCGAGAUCAUCGCGUAUCUACAAGAGUCUAUGUAACACGCGCUUCAGCAAGCGAAAGCGCCCCCCAUAGACAACCUUCCACGUCUUCCAAUACGUCUUCUAGCAGCACUUUCGUCAAUCCUAAUCCAGAUAAAGAGAUCAUCACACAGCCUAGUACCGCUGUAAUUGCUAGGUCAUCACCUGACCUCGAGAAAGAUGGUAUCUCAUCGCCCACAUCGAUCACGACCCAUUCAUCUCAAGGUGACACCGUCGUUUUUUCCGGGAGGCCAGACGUUGCUUCUCUGGUUAAGGAAAGUACAGAAAGCACGCCUUCGUACAAACGUGUGCUGGUCAUGGGCUGCGGGCCAAAGACACUCAUGUCGGCCGUUCAAAAUGCUGCUGCUGAUGCUAUCAUGGACAAUGGGGCGGGUGUUGAGUUGCAUCUGGAGAAAUUUGGGUGGUGA